AUGUUACUUACAAUUUAUUACAAUUUAUUGUUUACCUAUUUACAAUCUAUUGUUUACCUAAUCUUAAAUUAUAAUUUUAGUUAUCCAGGUUCAUUGGAUCCUAAUGGUUUUACAAAAGCAAUACAAGAAGGUCCUAAGAGUGUUGAAUUUACAAGAAUUGUUGAAUGGUUAUCAAAAGAAUUACAAGUUGUUCUCAAGUUAGAAGGCUGUGUGAAUGCAAUAACAAAUCCUGAUGAAUCGAGUUCAUUUCUUUUGGAAUUAAGUUCAUUUUUGAAAGAAAUGAGUUGUCCAUAUCAAAGUUUGAUGCAAGGAAAUAUUAGUCAAAGAUUAGGAUCAAAAGACCGACGAUUAGCUUUACUUGAUUUUUUGUCAACUGAAUUAGAAGCAGCUAGAAUGAUAGCAGUUGACAAACCAAGCAAGCUGCAAGUCGAAAUGGAAGAAUCUCCUACUGCAGCUGACCUGAAAGGAAUGAUCAUUGCACUGAAAUUCACCAAACCACCGCCAAAUAUAACUGCCAAACAGUUAUUUGACAAAGUAGAAAAUAAAAUAAAAGAAAUUGUUGCCAAGCUUCCUCCCAACACUCUUGGCAAACCGCUAUUUACCGGAAAGUUAUCCGAUAAGCAGUGGUCGGUUCUAGCAAAUAUCCAAGAUGCAAUGAAAAAGGAAUAUCUUCUUAGGAGAGAGAUGUUGUUGAAACGUUUAGACGUGACUAUUCAGUCUUUCAAAUGGGGAGAAAGACUAAAGAAAAAAGAUCAGGAGAUCAUGCAGGCAUAUCUUCCUAAGCGCCAGGCAUUGACUACCAUUCCGAAUAUCUUCCUGUCCGAUGUCUUAGCUGCGAGGGAAGAUCUAAUUAUAUUUGAAAAAACUAGUGGAGUCGGAGUGAGAGCCCGAACGCAAUGUCAGGUGAAUAAGGUCAUAAUUGGAUCGGUGCCAGAUAGGGGUGGCAGACCAGAAGAACAACAGCCACCGCCUCCAGAAAUGCCAAGUUGGCAACAGAGAACCGAUCCACAAAAAUCUGGAGGGGGAGGAUUUUCCGGUGGAGAUCGUAACAGAGUACAAGGAGGAGGAUGGUCCGGAAAUACCAACCAGAUGGGUGACUCCCGUCAAGGAAGUGGUAAUUGGCAAGAUAGCAAACAAGGAAGAGGUGGCUAUUCUGGUGGACAUGGUAAUUAUAAUCAGAAUUAUCAAGGAGGGCAGGCAAGGAGUGGUGGUUACGACGGAGGACAACAUAAUUAUGGUUAUCAGGGAGGACAGCAGAGGAGUGGAGGAUACGACAGCGGACAAAGUAAUUACGGUUAUAAUAAUUAUCAAGGAGGACAAUCAAGGAGUGGAGGAGGACAGUCAAGAAGCGGAGGUUAUGACAGCGGGCAAGGCAACUAUGGUUACAAUAAUUAUCAGGGACAGUCGAGGAGUGGAGGAUAUGACGGAAACCAAGGAAGAUAUCAAUAUCAAGACAAUCAACAAAGGGGAGGAAAUGAAUAUCAAGGUGGUAGGGGAAGAGGUGGCAAAGAAGGCCAGCGUGGAGGCCAGAAUAGGGGCGGCAGGGGAGGGCGAGGAGGGGGGAGGGGUGCAUACGAUCACGUCCAGAUGCAUCCGCAACAGCAGUAUGGCUAUCCCGUCUACGAUCCCAAUGUCUACUAUCAACAAUACCAAGGACACUAUUGAUCACAAUCGAGUUAGGCCAUUAAAUUCAAUUUUGUAAAUUGUUUCCAAAUUGAUUCGACUUCUUAACCAUUUGAAACAUCUUAUCAAAAUAAGAUAUACGACACAUAUAUAUAUAUAUAACAGUGGCCUAGAAAUAUAUAUAAUUUGGUUUUAGUUGUAUUAUUGAAGCUAUUUUCAUACCAAGUGCUUUAAAGUAUCUUUGUUUGAUUCUGUUUUCUUGUUAUGAAAUAAGGUAAAGGAAAGGCAUUGUUCUGUUAUAAGUUAUUUACAAAGUAUACAUUUUGCGUGAAAGAGAAUUCUUUUGUUAAGUUAUUCCCCCGUAACAUGAGUGCGAAGUGCGUGAACCUUUCGAGUGUUUAUAUCCAAGUAGAUGUGUCUGAAUCUUAACUAAAGCGAGCAAACCUUGAAAACUUUAUAGUGUUAGAUAAUUAACCAACAGCUUGAAUGUAUUAUAAUAUAUUUUAAGCAAUGUAUGAAUGAAACUUCCCAAAUAUUAUAAAUAAAAACAUGAAUCUGCAACCGGUUUCUGUUAAGGUUUUCAUCCGAAACAGUCAAAUUAGAAUUGAAACCACGCGAAAGCCGUUCCAAAUAUAGUAUAGUAAAGCAAGUUGGAUCCAAGUAGGUGAUUAUAUCAAUUAAUGAUGUAACUGGAUCCUUUCAACAGUAACAAAAUUUACACAGUUGGUGGAUUUCUAUUUUUAAGAGGAGUGUAGCCUUCAACUAACAAUUGUGAUUGACAAUAAUGCAUCUGUUUAGAGAUUUAGAGCUUGUUCUAAUGACCUGGACAGAAGCCAAACGCUUUAUAUAAAUUUUAUAUAGUUGCAUCAGGUGUAAUAUCUAGAUCUUUGUAUUGUUUUAAUUAUGGUGUGUUCAAAUAUUUAAUCAAUAAGUACACAAUUGAACCACCAAUAACGGCCACCACUUAACUUCGGGAAUUUUUUUUAACGAAAACAUUUACAAAAUAACCUCUGAAUAACGGCCAUUCCCAUUCCUGGCCGCUAUUCGGAGGUUUGGCUUUAUACAUAAAUAUUUUUGGUAUUUAGUGAAGUUGAAUAUUGUUCUCUCCAGAUGGCGUUAGUGGAAUAUGUAUAUUUUAGGAAUUAGCAUCAUUGUACUAUAUAAAGCAUUACGUUUCUAAUGUGAUACAAUGAGUAAAGAUAGACACGCUAUACAUUAUUACGUGUUGCAAUGUAUUAAAUUAAUAACGACAAAUGCAUUAUUUUGUCUUCACUAAAAUCUUUUUUAAUAAACUAAAAAUAGCGACGACAAAAUUAGAAGACUGUGGACUUCUAAAAAAUGGAAAUUCAAAUUAAACUCGUCUUCUAAUUGGAUAUUACUGCCAAAAUUAAAAUUCAAUAUCCAAUCGUACGGAAUUUUAAAAAUUAUAACUCGAAGUAUAAUUGGUCUGAUUUAAAAUUCGAAAAAACGGAUUCGAAUUCGACCAAUUACACGUCGCAUUAUUCGAAUUUGAACUUUGAAAAAUUAAAGUCGACCAAUGGCGCGUAGGGGGUACUUUUCUAGCGGAACUAGUGACUAGUUUCUGCUAUUAUUACCUAAAUUCGAAUCGUUCUAUACAUAUCAAAUCGGAAAAAAACGGUCACUCCCAAUUUUUAAAUAAAAUAUAGCAUGGUUGAUACAUGAAUAUUAUAUUAAAACCUCUGAAUUAUUAACGUCCUAUCAUAAUCGUCCAUUCAUCUCGUUAUCGGUUUAGUGACCUAAGAAAGGUCACGUCCAUCGACAUUGGGAGGAGCCGGGAAACAUGUCGGCAAUUGAUCUUUAUGAGAAGUCGUGAUUUGGACGAGGAUCUCUUUCGAUUAUCAAAA